AUGGCUCGAGUGCUAAUGAGGCCAGCACCGUCUUGGCGCUUGAACGUCACCCAAAAAUGUUCAAUCUAUGACGAUGAGCCACUGCAUGCAAUUAUGGAUCGAGUUUGUGAGAUUUGUCAUGAAAUGUACUCACAUAAAGUACCGAAUAUGCGAGUGGAAUGCAGUUUCGCUAUGUAUAAACCUGCUCCAUUUUCAUGGGGUUACCGAAUCUCUCAAAUGUUCUUUUUGAAACGAACGAUCGAAAGCAGAUUAUCAGCACUCCAAGCAUUAUAA